AUGCGGUGGUCCCUUCUCCUCCCGCUGAGCCUUGCGAUCCCAGCACUGGCGGGAUGUCCGUAUGCAAACCAACUCGGUCUUGACGCGCGCGAUGCGCCACUCCCACCAGGACACCCUCACGCCCCCAGGCCUCGCUCCUCGCCUUCCUCCCCGGCCUCCCCCCUCCCCUCCCCCGCGAAGAACAGCUCAAAAAAGGGCGUCUUCUACAUGAACCGCAUCGCGCCCGGAACAUCCGAGCUGUACAUCAGCUCCGCAAACGGCUCCCACGAGCGCCCUCUUCUCCCCGAUCCAGUCUACGAGUACCACGCCUCCUUCUCGCCAGACGGGCAAUGGAUAACAUUCACCGCCGAGCGCAGCGGCGACGGCAAUUCCGAUAUCUACCGCGUACGACCUGAUGGAUCUGACCUCCAACUCCUCCUUUCGACGCCGAGCAUGGAGGACUCUGUUGUGACGAGUCCCGACAGGAAGAAAAUCGCGUAUGUGAGCACUGAAAACGGAUACCGCGCCAAUAUCUGGGUAAUGGAUCUGAGCACGCGCAAGAGGUGGAACGUCACCGACACCGCUCUCUCACGGUUCUCCGUGAACUCAACGCUCAUGAACGGGUACUUCAGACCGUCCUGGUCCCCCGACGGCUCCUGGCUCGCGUUCAGCUCAGACCGGAACACGGAUUGGCGGGGCCAUGGGACGGACACGUACCUGGGUAUCAGCGGGUGGGAGCACACGCAGGAACUCUCCAUCUACGCCGUGCGCCCGGAUGGAUCCGAUUUCCGGACGGUCGUGACCAAGCCCGGGUAUAGCCUUGGAAGUCCGGCGUGGAGUAUCGAUGGGAAGAGGAUCGUGUACUACGAGAUGACGCGCGAAGCAACAUGGGGCGCGCAUCGGCCGGAGAGUAUCGACUCCACGAGCUCGGUGAUCGUCUCGGUGGAUUUUGAGACGGGGAAGGAUAGGAGGGUUGAGGUUGGGACUGAGGGCGUCAAGGCAUUCCCGCAGUAUCUCGACGACACCACCAUCGCCUAUCACCUGAAGGGAACGGACGCCGAGGGAAUCUACACCACAGCCGGAACGUACCUGAACAAAACGAUCCGGUCGCCGGCGUGGUCCCCCGACGGGAAAUACAUCGUGUACGAGAAAACAGCCUGGGACAUACGGCCCAUGGCGAAGGAACUGUAUUCCUGGGACGAGGAGUGGGAGUACCGCUUCACCGACGUCUUCCCGCAGCUCUCCUCUACCUCUCAUGCGCAGAAAAAGCUCGCCAUCACGCAAAAGCAGCUCGGCAACUCGUCCAUCGUCUCCAUGUUCCCCAACGCCACGGAUGAACGCACCGCAUACGAUAACGCCAAGUCCACGCUCGUCGAAUCCUCCCUCGUCUCGCAAGGUCUCGCAGGCGCCUUCCAGCCCUCCUGGUCCCCAGACGGAGAAUGGCUCGUCUUCGGCGAGGGCGGGUGGUUCCAGGACCGAUCCUCGUACGGGGGGUGGCUUAUGCGGGCGACAGCGAACGGGUCGUACUACGAGGUGCUGACGAACUCGAACGAGAGCAUUUCGAACACCAGCAUCAUCAACUCCGGGUUCCCGAGCUACAGCCACGACGGAAGGAAGGUCGUGUUCCGCGUUUGGGGCGCGAACUCGACGGCGGGCGAUGAGAGGCAGCUUGGACUGCGGGUUUUGGAUCUGGAUACGAGAACGAUUAGUGUGUUGACCGAUCAGUGGGAUAAUCUCCCGUUCUUUUCUCCCGUUGGUACGGAGGAGCGGAUUGUGUUUACGCGGAAGACAGACGUGUAUAACUACGACGUGUGCACGAUCAAGCCGGACGGGAGUGACUUGAGAGUCCUGACGAGUAGCGGGGGCAACGAUGCACAUGCUGUGUGGAGCUAUGAUGGGCGCAUUGUGUAUUCGACGGGGAUGUUCGGGUUCCAGUAUGAGUGUGCGCUGUACGAUGAUACGUUCCAGCCGUAUGGGCAGGUUGUGGUGAUGGAUGCGGAUGGGGGGAACAAGCGCGUGUUGACGGAUAGUAUCUGGGAGGAUUCGAUGCCGCUCUUCGUGCCGUUUGAGGACUUUUAG